ACUGCAUGCAACUGUGUUGACGUGUGGUGGUAGUGUAUCUCAAAAAGUAGUCAAGUAAUCUACGUAAACGCACUAUAAAAUAUCAGCUUCUCCCCUAAAGAAAGAAAAAGAAAACGCCUUCUUGGCUUAAUUCGUUCUCCAUGAGCGACCUCCCUCCUCCCUCCAGGGUGUACACACCAUUGAGAAUUGAGGCGAAGAAAGGAGGUAGCGACGAAUCAACAAUGCUGCUGAGAGCCCUGCGGCUGUCGCAGACACGAGCACGGGAAGCAGAGGAGAAAGCAUCGCAUGUGGGUGAAGAGAACAAAGCGGCGGCCGCGGUGCUGUUUAAGGAGUUCCUGAGGUUGUCUGCGCACCGGCGGUGGGUGAAGCUGCUCGAGGCCGAGGUCACGAUGCUUCGGGAGAAAAGAAUGCGGAGGAUAAUGGAGGAAGAAGGGAGAGAGAACGAUGGAAUGCCUCAUGUAGAAUGGUAUCUGGCUUUUGCCCUGUGUUUGGGUGUUGGAGUGGUGGGGUUUGUUUUUUGGGAUAAAUUUCACUAGAGCCCCCGACUAAGUGCAGUUUCUAUUUAGUCCUCACAUUUUGAAUUUUUAAUUGGGUCCCUCAUUUUUGUUUUGCUUUCGGGUACUUUGGCCCUUUAAAUGAAUUCAAAUUCCUAUGUUA